AUGUUUCAACUCAUGGAUUACGAAACCGCCGCUAAUGGUGGAAUGACCUCAGCUGCUAGAGAGAGGCAGAUGAGCAGUGCUUGUGACAGCUCGAGUGAUUGCCCAUUUGGUACUACUGUCCCAAUCGGAGAUGUCCCAAUGAGCAAGCGGCUGGGCGGUAGACUUGAGAACACUUUUGCUCAUUGUAUACACUACCCGGUUUCGCAGAAAUUAUCGCAAGAUCAAUUCCAGAAGCCGGAGCUUGGGAACACCAGCGAAGGAUUCAGCUGCACAAUUCAAAGAUUUCUCUUCAGUCGGUCGACACAACCAAUGAAUCCCGAACCAAAAGGACAGCAUACGAACAGAUACAAACAGAAGAAAUUUUCCGAUUUAUCCUGCUGGCAUAUCGAACGAAGCCAAACUCCAGUUCACCUGAUAGUGUCACCAGCAGAGGCACUGCUCCCAAGCUCUGAACACCGCGCGACACUAACCAGCAGCAAGACAAUGAAAGAACAGUCCAACCGGCAUCAUGGUACAACCGCGCUCUCCUUCACGAAACGACAGAGUGCUGUUUCGCGACUACACCGGCAGACACCCCAGGACACAUCCUUCGUCGGUGCAGUUGUGCCCUAUGAGAUACAUGUUGCCUGA